GGUGCAUUCUCCGUCUUUGGAGGUCUUCAGGAAUAGAUGGGCUGCUUCAGAAGGUAGUGGGUUCUCCGUCUUUGGAGGUCUUCAGGAAUAGAUGGGCUGCUUCAGAAGGUGGUGCAUUCUCCGUCUUUGGAGGUCUUCAGGAAUAGAUGGGCUGCUUCAGAAGGUGGUGCAUUCUCCGUCUUUGGAGGUCUUCAGGAAUAGAUGGGCUGCUUCAGAAGGUAGUGGGUUCUCCGUCUUUGGAGGUCUUCAGGAAUAGAUGGGCUGCUUCAGAAGGUGGUGCAUUCUCCGUCUUUGGAGGUCUUCAGGAAUAGAUGGGCUGCUUCAGAAGGUAGUGGAUUCUUUACCUAUAUAUAUACAGGUCAAGGUAAAAGUUUCCCCUCAACAUUAAGUCUAGUCAAGUCCAACUCUGGGGGUUGGUACUCAUCUCCAUUUCUAAGCUGAAGAGCCUGCGUUGCCCAUAGACACCUCCAAGGUCACGAGGCCGACAUGCCACAAAAAUAUAAUGUGCCGAUUUGAUAAAUGUGGGUACGAAAGAAUUGAAUGGAAGAGGAACAAACGGGACCGAAUAAUUUUGAAGACACCAGUCUGAAAAUUAAGGCCUGCAAUGACUAACUAGUCAUUACAUCUAUUAGUGGUGUGCAUUUGUAUGGAAUCGCUGUUCGUUUUGUUUAGUUUCAUUCGUUUUGGAUUUGGAUUUGCCUGCCAUAGAUGUGGGCGAAACGUCAGGAGGGAAUGCUUCUGGAACCUGGCCAGACAGCCCAGAAAACAUACAACAAUCCGGAGAUAAUGUUUUGAACCCAAGCGAAUGUGAUGACCACAGCAGGUAUAGGACUUGGUGGAAUUUGGUCAAUGUGAUGAAGUGGUAAGUUCAACCUCUCGGCGUUUUUUCGAGUCUCUGGAAUUCCCCGAGGCAGGUGGAGGAGGACGGAGAGAGGGAGGGCAAAGGCCUUAUCAGACUGACGCAGAAGUCGUGGUGGAGGCCUCCCUCGCAGGGCCUGGGUGCCCCUCCCUUCCCCGUCCAAGGUUGGGAACCGCAAAUGGAGCUUGCAAACACCUUCUGGAGAAGACUUGGACGGGGGAGAAUCAAGGUCUAGUGUCUGGCUUGCAAUGGGUCACCAUCGGUGGAGGAAGGACACUCGCUGAGUGGACACCAAGUCCAGCUUUGACAUGGCUCUCUCCAAAUCCACACAGGAAUUAGGAAGCGACAGUCCGGAUCUAAAGGAGGAAAGUCUGAAACACCAAGCAAAGGUUGUGAAAGAAGAGGUUUCCCACAAAACUCGAGAGGAGGAAGAGGAUAAAGAAGAGGAAGGAGACCGAGGAGAAGGAGAAAGAGAAGGAAGAGAAGGAGACGGAGAAGGAGACGGCAAAGGAGGAGACGGAGAAGGGGACGAAGGAGAAGGAGAAAAGAAGGAGAAGGCAGCUGUCCAUAUAAUGGAACCAAACGUGCGGAACGCUGUGUUUACAAUCUUCCCCACUACAGGCCUACAGAAGAAAGAACAAAAUGGUCACUGGACCAUAAAGCAAGACGAGAUGGGCUCUGAUGCCAAGGAAAACGAGCAAAUUGACUUCAGAGACCAGGAUCCGAAGACCGACGGUAGAUGGACGAGGAGAGAUGUCUUGGGAGAAAGAUCCGGGCGGAUGGAGAAGUCCGUCAACGGCCAGCCGGACCUCUGGACGCCACCCCAAGACCGGGACUCCCGCUUGGCCGUGGUCAAGUCCGGCUCCUUAUACGACGUCCGGGCCUACAAAGCGGAGAAGAAGCCCUCCCGGCUCUACGGCGAGGACGACGCGGACGAGCUCCCGUAUCGGAUCCCCCCCGAGGAACUCUCGCCGGAGAAGGCCCAAGAGUUGGAGGCGGAACGGCGGGAGGUUAUCAAGAGCCAAACGGUGUGGAAGAGCACCACCGUCGCCGAGCGCCAGAGCGCCAGCCCGAGCUACACCGCGGUGUUCGCCGUGUGUUUCGACAGCGCGCCCGCGGACCCUGAAAACGUCGACACGGAGCAGAUCAGCUUCGCCGCGGCCCGACAACAGUUCCUGGCGCUCGAAAAGACAAGUCCUAACGUAUUGCAACAAUGCGGGUCUCCACGCAGAACCCAAACGAUGCCCGGGGUUGGAAUCGUUGGAUCUCAUGAACAGAGAGACCUUUCAACCUCUCGAGGGCACGGUCAAGUUAGUUUGGGGGAAACCCGCCCCGGCGUGAAAGUGGUCAUUAUCGACGAGAGAGUGUCCCGAAAGUACACCGGAAGACCUCCAGACCCAAAGGAUGGUGUUGAGGCCGCGGAAGAGACCCCCAUCGAGCGGGAGAUCCGGUUGUCCCAGGAGAGAGAAGAAGAGCUUUGGAAAGAGCGCGGGAUCCCGAGAACCACAGACUGUUGGAAAGCGCGUGGUAUCCCAAAGACCACGGAAAUAGCGGACGGCGUUGAGGCCACGGAAGAGACCCCCAUUGAGCGGGAAAUCCGGUUGUCCCAGGAGAGAGAAGAAGAGCUUUGGAAAGAGCGCGGGAUCCCGAGGACCACGGACCUUUGGAAAGUGCAUGGUUUCCCAAGUACCACGGACCCGGUGGAUGAUGUUGAGGGCACGGAAGAGACCCUCAUUGAGCGGGAAAUCCGGUUGUCCCUGGAGAGAGAAAAAGAGCUUUGGAAAGAGCAUGGAAUCCCGAGGACCACGGACCUUUGGAAAGCGCGUGGUAUCCCAAAGACCACGGAAACAGCGGACGGUGUUGUGGCCGCAGAAGAGACCCUGAUUGAGCGGGAAAUUCGGUUGUCCCAGGAGAGAGAAGAAGAGCUUUGGAAAGAGCAUGGAAUCCCGAGGACCACGGACCUUUGGAAUGAGCGUGGUCUCCCAAGGACCACGGACCCAGCGGAUGGUGUUGAGGGUGCAGAAGAGACUCUCAUUGAGCGGGAAAUCCGGUUAUCCCUGGAGAGAGAAGAAGAGCUAUGGAAAGAGCGCGGGAUCCCAAGGACCACGGACACAGCGGACGGUGUUGAAGCCACGGAAGAGACCCCCAACGAGCAGGAAAUCAGGUUGUCAGUGGAGAGAGAAAACCACCUUCAGAAAGAGCACAAGAUCCCGAGGACCACAGACCUGGUAGACAGUGUUGAGGCGGCAGAAGAGACCCCCAUCGAGCGAGAAAUCCGGUUGUCCCAGGAGAGAGAAGAAGAGCUUUGGAAAGAGCGCGGGAUCCCGAGGACCAGCAGCCGGGACGAGUUAAUCGAGAUCCGAACGAAGCCCCUGCUGUGGUCAUCGUCCUCCACCGACGGGAAGGAGAAGCCUCGCGUGUCCUUUCCGGUCCAGAGGGAGAUCGAGCAGGAAGCCAGACGUGAGGAAGACCUCCAAAAGGAAGGGCGGCUGCCGGGAACGUACAGCCAGGGCAAGCGCCAGCAGCUCGCCCAACGCCGGAAGGUUUUCGAGCCGUGCAAAACAAUGAUCUCGGGAGCGUCGGAGCGGCCCAACCGUGGAGAAAGAAGAGUCGCUGACCAGGAUGUGAAACGGAGCUCUGAGGCCCGGGACAACGAACCAUUCCUUCUUGCUUCUGGGAUGGGUUCUUCUAGGCCAACGUUUCCAAAUUCAGGAGACUCAGGAGAAGGACUCGUGAUGCAGAAAGCUCACGUUGUUUCUCAGAUGGGUUCUCCUAGGCCAACGUUUCUAAAUUCAGGAGACUCAGGAGAAGGACUCGUGAUGCAAAAGGCUCACGUUGCUUCUCAGAUGGAUUCUCCUAGGCCAACAUCUCCAAAUUCAGUUGACCCAGGAGAAGGACUCGUGAUGCAGAAGGCUCACUUUGCCAUCCCCGUCCGGAAGCUCCACUUCGGCACAAAAGUGGAAGAGCGCGGCGGCGCACCGAAGCGGCACGAGGUGUUCACCCUGAAGACGUGGCGCCCGCGCACCUCGGCCCUCAUCGACCAGGAGAUCCGGGACGCUUUGCGGAGGGAGCUGGAGCUCCAGGAGGAGAGGAGGAACGCCGGCCUGGCCGCCACGGCGGAACCACGUUCCCCAAACCCAGCACGGACUGGUUUUGCCGGCUGCACUUCGCCCAUCUCGAGCUCUUCUUCUUCCGGAAGAAUGUCCGCUUUGGCCUCUCCGGACAGACUUUCCUCCAGGAAACCCUCCUCCGAGUCCGGUUUCCAGACAUGCUUGAGCCCCUCAAUGAGGCGGAGGGAAGACGGGAAGUACGCCGGCAUUGAACUCAGCGAUGAAAUCGACACGGAGGUCGUGAGGUCCACCAAAGCCAUUUGCCGCCGGGGCGUCCUGGCUCAGCGGUGGGAGGCCGGGGAAAUCCGCAACGCCCGCAGCCACGACGAGGACGACGACAGCGACAGCAGGGACUGAACCGGGCUUACAUUGCGUACGGACGCAAUCAAUACCACUUCUGCCACUGCAUUUUUGAAAUCCCACCCCAACCUUUAUUUUUAUGCCAUUACUAUGGGCUAUGUCAGAUAAGAAGAAUGAAAUGAUCUCUGUGCUUCAA